GUGGAGGGGCCAGGCGAGUGUCCUUAACCUAGCGUUUGGGGCUCGGGCCUUUAAGCCCGUUGGAGUCGCGGCGGCGAGAACGACUGGGCCGAGCGGAGGACGACAUGUUGCUCUUCGUGGAGCAGGUAACAUCUAAAGGAACUGGUUUAAAUCCUAAUGCCAAAGUAUGGCAAGAAAUUCCUCCUGGAAAUAGUGAUGCCACUCAAGUAACUCAUGGAACUGAAAGCUCUUGGCAUGAAACAGCAGCCACGUCAGGGUCUCAUCCUGAGGGUAAUACAGAGCUUUCUGAUGAUAUGUGUAAGGAAUAUGAAGUAAUGUAUUCAUCUUGUGAAACCACCAGAAAUACUAUAAGCAUUGAAGAAUCCACUGAUGGAAUGAUUUUAGGGCCAGAAGAUCUGAGUUACCAAAUAUAUGACAUUUCUGGAGAAAGUAAUUCAGCAAUUUCUACAGAAGACCUAAAAGAAUGUCUGAAGAAACAAUUGGAAUUCUGUUUCUCCCGAGAAAAUUUGUCAAAGGAUCUUUACCUGAUAUCUCAAAUGGACAGUGAUCAGUUCGUACCAAUUUGGACAGUUGCCAAUAUGGAAGAAAUUAAAAAGCUGACCACAGACCCUGAUCUAAUUCUUGAAGUGUUGAGAUCUUCUCCUAUGGUACAAGUUGAUGAAAAGGGCGAGAAAGUGAGACCAAGUCAUAAGCGUUGUAUUGUGAUUCUUAGAGAGAUUCCUGAAACAACACCUAUCGAGGAAGUUAAAGCUUUGUUCAAGAAUGAAAACUGCCCAAAGGUGAUAAGCUGUGAGUUUGCACACAAUAGCAACUGGUAUAUCACUUUCCAGUCAGACACAGAUGCACAACAGGCUUUUAAAUAUUUAAGAGAAGAAGUUAAAACAUUUCAGGGCAAGCCAAUCAUGGCAAGGAUAAAAGCCAUCAAUACAUUUUUUGCUAAGAAUGGUUAUCGAUUAAUGGAUUCUAGUAUGUAUAGUCAGCCCAUUCAAACUCAAGCACAGUAUGCCUCACCAGUUUUUAUGCAGCCUGUAUAUAAUCCUCACCAACAGUACUCGGUCUAUAGUAUUGUGCCUCAGUCUUGGUCACCAAAUCCUGCACCUUACUUUGAAACACCACUGGCUCCCUUUCCCAAUGGUAGUUUUGUGAAUGGCUUUAAUGCACCAGGAUCUUAUAAAACAAAUGCUGCUGCUGUGAAUAUGCCUCGACCAUUCCAAAAAAAUCGUGUGAAGCCUCAUUUCAGGUCAUCGAGUGGUUCAGAACACUCCGCAGAGGGGUCUGUGUCAUUGGGGGAUGGACCAUUAAACAGAUCUGGUUCAAGGAACUUUACAACUGAGCGGCAUAACCCUACAGUAACAGGGCAUCAGGAGCAAAGCUACCUUGCAAAAGAAACUCCUACUAUACAGAUGGAACAGAAUGGGGAUUAUGGUAGGGGCAGGAGAACUCUUUUCAGAGGUCGAAGACGACGAGAAGAUGAAAGAGUCCAGAGACCCCCGUCUUCAUCAGCUGAAGCAAAGGCUCCAACACCAAAGUUUGACUUACUAGCCUCAAAUUUUCCUCCUUUACCUGGAAGUUCAUCGAGAACUCCAGGUGAACUUGUUUUGGAGAGUAGGAUGUCUGAUGUUGUUAAAGGUGUCUACAAAGAAAAGGAUAAUGAAGAGUUGAGAGUUAGUUGCCCAGUGCCUGCAGAGGAUGAACAGACAGACUGCAACCUCUGCCCAGCACUCAGUAUGAGUACCAGUCCUCCAUGUACAGCUGAGCUUCCUGCAUUAAGCACAACUCAGCAAGAAAAGGAUCCAGUAGAGGAUUCCACUGUUCAAAAGGAUGUUCUCAACCAGACAACUAUACCAGUUUCUUCCCCAAGUACUGCAAAGCCAUCAAGGACAAAUAGUACUUCACCAUGUAAUAGUAACAUAAAUGCACCUGUAGCUGUGGCCCUACAGGAACCCCGAAAGCUAAGUUAUGCUGAAGUGUGCCAGAAGCCCCCUAAAGAGCCAUCUCCAGUUCCUGUGCAGCCACUGCGAGAACUUCGCUCCAAUGUAGCCUCUCCCAAAAAUGAAGAGAAUGGAGCUCCUGAGAAGUCCAUUGAGAAAUCACAUGAGAAGCCAGAAGCAAGGGCUAGUAAGGAGUAUUCUAGCUUCCGAGGCAAUACCAUUCCCAGGGGAGCAGCUGGAAAAAUCAGGGAACAGAGACGCCAGUUUGGCCAUAGGGCUAUACCUCAGGGAGUGACUCGACGUAAUGGCAAAGAGCAAUAUGUGCCACCCAGAUCACCAAAGUAAAGAAACAAACAAACAAAAAAACUAUUGAAAAACUUCUCUCUCUUCCCAUUAAACUUGAGCCGUGGCUAUAUUGAACUGUUCUGGAGGGGAGGGGGGUAGCCAGGAAGGAAACAGGAGAAAGUGUCUGUCCUUAAAUCAUUAUGGAUUUUGGAGUUGUGAGCAGUAGAAUCCCAAAAUUCAUCUCUAAAGUGAUUUUAAAAUGCUGGAGGAUUCCAAUCAGUAUAAUAUAUAUAUAUGUAUACAUAUAUAAAAAAUAUAAUUUUUCUAUUUUUGUUUUGAUUUUAAUUUGCAGAGAUCUUCUGCCUAGAAUCAAUUUUGAGGGUUCAGAUUUAGCUUGAAAAAAAAAAAAAAACAUAUUACACAUCCUUCAGUAAAGGAGAUGAGGGAGUGAGAGAAAAUAUUUUUUGAAGAAACAUUUCUGUAAAAUUAGAAAUUACUUUUUUUAAUCUAUUUAAAGUUUGGCUUGGGAGAAUGCCAUCUCUGCCUAUAUGGCCUUGUGUUGCAAAGCAGAUCAGUGGCUAGGGUGCCUGUUGUGUGAGUGUGUGGCAAGAGUGGAUUGAAGCCAAAUCUGUUGUCAUGUUAGUAAAUGAUUUGAAAACUGAAUGUAAUACUUGAGUAGAUUUUUUUUUCCAUUUUGAAAUUCAGUCUGUCUUUUUGACCUUAAUAUUUCAUUCAACAAACUUUUAAGCGCUGAUUGUACUUAGAGAUGUGACUAUCAAUCAGUUUGAUACUCAAGGAAAGAAAGGGGGUUAUUCAAAAAAUCAAAAAUCUGUUUUAGGUCUGAGUGGAUAGGUCAAAUGGACUUCAGAGGUUUAAACUGCUUUGUGAUUUCCUACCCCACCCCACCCCUAAAAUAGGAGACAGGUUUUUUUUGUUGCUUCAUUGUCAUUCUCUGUUCUUUGACUACCCACCCCAAAAGCAAAAUAACCACAUCUUACAGAAUUGUAUGUUUCUAAUUGCCUUGACAGUUUAGUCAAAUCAUAUAACUGUUCUAAUCUCCGAUUGAACAUUGAAGUAGUUUACUCUUCUGUUCAUGUAUUUAGAACUUUAGAUCCCAGAAAUGGUAGGUCAGACUGACCCUACAGUAAUUUAUUUGUGUUCGUGUUAAAGAUGAAACAUUGUAACUGAUUUCUUUAAGUGUUAAGUAGUGUAGAAGUAAAAA